AUGGGACGGGUUUCUUCCCUUGCGCUUGCUCUUCUACUCCCUGCUGUGCAGGCCCAGCAAACCCUUUGGGGUCAAUGCGGUGGCAUUGGGUGGACAGGCCCAACAAAUUGUGUCGCUGGCGCUGCGUGUAGCACGCAGAAUCCUUACUAUGCGCAAUGCCUUCCUGGGACUGCGACCACUUCGACUACCCUAACCACGACUACCAGGGUUACCACUACGACAACUUCCACGACAUCGAAGAGCUCCUCUACAGGCUCUACCACUACGACAAAGUCAACCGGAACCACCACGACCUCCGGCUCCUCCACCACCAUCACCUCUGCGCCGUCUGGCAAUCCCUUCAGCGGAUAUCAACUCUAUGCCAACCCUUACUAUUCCUCAGAGGUGCACACCCUGGCCAUGCCCUCCCUCGCUAGCUCGCUCUUGCCAGCGGCCAGCGCGGCAGCCAAAGUCCCGUCGUUCACCUGGCUGGACACUGCCGCCAAAGUGCCUACCAUGGGCACCUACCUGGCAGACAUCAAGGCCAAGAAUGCUGCCGGUGCCAACCCACCCAUCGCUGCCCAAUUCGUUGUCUACGAUCUCCCCGACCGUGACUGCGCUGCUCUGGCUAGCAAUGGCGAGUACUCAAUUGCGAACGGCGGUGUUGCUAACUACAAGAAAUACAUUGAUGCCAUCCGGGCCCAGUUGCUGAACUACCCCGAUGUCCACACCAUUCUCGUCAUCGAACCCGACAGCUUGGCCAAUCUGGUCACCAACCUGAACGUGGCCAAAUGCGCCAACGCCCAGAGCGCCUAUCUGGAGUGUGUCAAUUAUGCGCUCAUCCAGCUGAACUUGCCCAAUGUCGCCAUGUAUAUCGAUGCCGGACACGCGGGCUGGCUUGGAUGGCCCGCCAACAUCGGCCCUGCCGCCCAACUCUUCGCCGGAGUAUACAAGGACGCCGGCGCUCCCGCCGCGCUGCGCGGCCUCGCGACCAACGUCGCCAACUACAAUGCCUUCAGCAUAAGCACCUGCCCGUCGUACACGUCCGGCGAUGCCAACUGCGAUGAGAACCGCUACAUCAACGCAAUUGCACCCCUUCUGAAGGAUCAAGGCUGGGAUGCCCACUUUAUUGUUGAUACUGGUCGCAACGGUGUGCAGCCCACUAAGCAAAACGCUUGGGGUGACUGGUGCAAUGUCAUCGGAACUGGUUUCGGUGUCCGGCCUACCACCAACACUGGCAACUCGCUGGUGGACGCGUUUGUCUGGGUUAAGCCGGGCGGCGAGAGCGAUGGUACCUCUGACUCCAGUUCUGCGCGGUAUGAUGCGCACUGCGGAUAUAGUGAUGCGCUCCAACCUGCUCCUGAGGCUGGAACUUGGUUCCAGGCAUACUUUGAGCAGCUCCUGAAAAACGCCAAUCCUGCCUUCUAA